AUGGCGGACAUCCAGGGAAAGAUCUUCUUCGUGUACGCGCCGGAAGGUGCGCCGCCAUCUUGCAGAGAAAAGAGUGAUCAGGAGAAAGGUUUGGAUGAAAAUUUCAGUGAAGUAUUUGGUGUUCUGAGUUGUGAUGGGUACAAGUGGUGCCAUGACAACCUCGGAGACGGCGUGGCUUCAGAGGAGUAUGAGAAUUUGGAAUGUCGUCUGGAGACUUGGGACGUGCAGACGCGAAAUUCAAGACUGGAAGAGUUGGGCCUCGCAGCAGACGACAUUCUCUGCAGCGACAUCUAUGAAGUGCAUUCGAAAGAACUCGUGCUGCAAGAUGAUGUCACUAUCAAUGUCCCAGUAAAUAUACCCAAGAGCUACGUGCCCCCUGGCGAGAUGUAUGACUUCUACCUGAAGAUUCUCAAAGACGGGGAAUGGGUCUUCGUACCUGCUGUUUACAAGCAUGAGUGUGUGCGUGCGCAUCUCGACAGCAUCCAGUUGCUGACAGUGAUAGCCAGGCUGAAACCAGAGCGUACAACAAUCACACCAGAGGGCGUGGAAUUUGUGUCGGACAAAGACCCGGAUGUUAAAAUUGAAUUCCCUAAAGGGGCUGUGGAAGAGGACGCGGAGUUCCGGUUUGUGACGGAAACGGUGGACCCUAAAAGGUCAUCAGAAUACCGGAAGUACAAUCCCGACACAUUUCAAAGCAUUAUGGGAUUUUCUACAACUGUCAACGUCGAACACAACCUAAAAGGUGAACUACAGACAGGGGCAAAGGUCACACUGCCCAUUCACGAAUGUAACGAAGACGGUGCUGAUGAAGAAGUGGUCUUCCUCCGCUGGCAUGAUGGCAAAGUGGACAUCGUCGACGACGUUCCUACUAUGGAAGAAGGCUGUUACAGCAUCAGUGUGAAGGGGUUUUCUGCGUACAGUGCUGUGCGAGUGAGAUCAGCGUCAGUGUCAAGGUCGGAGAUUCUGACGGCGGCCCGGUUUCUGUCGGGGAGGGAAAACCUGUGUACCCUUCUCUGCUUCAUCAACAACAAAGCCCUCGCUGGUUUGCCAGUACUGCUGGUCGACGUAGUGGAGUCAUGUCGAGCUGAUGUCGUGGCGGAGGAACACAGACGUGCCGGGCUUGAGGAGAUCAGCAUGAGUCGAUCACGUGACAUUCCUGUUGCCGACAGGGAGAGGAUCCGGAUCGAACUAGGCGGCGACAUUACAUACGCGCCCGGAAUCCCAAGACAAGCGUAUGCUCUCGUAUUCGUUAAAGCUGCGAAGAAAAACCACGUUACCUUUCCAAUGAAAGUCAAAGUGUCAUCAACGCCGUUUAGCAUCAUCACGUUUAUCGGCAACAGAUCACAGUGGACCCAUCGGGUACACUUCAACGUUAACCGUGGAACAAAGAGUUCGAAGAAUCUGCUCAGUCAGCCUCGGAAUACGGUCGGGCAAAGGUCAGGGUCAGCCGUGUCUCAUUCUGGUUCAGCAAUGCCUCGUUCUGGCUCAAGCAAGCUUCGUUCAGGCUCUGCUACUGGGUCGGUUCAGUCCAAUGGCAGAAGGCAAUCAGUCACUUCAUUGGGGAGUAGGUCGGAUGUCUCGGAAAGACGUCAGCGAUUGGUCAGCUGUAGCAGUAUAUCAUCCAAUGAAACAACGCCUUCGAUGAUGUCAUCUUUUGCUUCUUUAUCGUCAAUUUCCGAAGAUGGGGUGUUCGAAGAGAAAAGGCACCCUGCUCUAUGCGAAAAAAGCCUUUUGGUUCUUAGCGAGCAGCAGCCUUGGUCAGAGUGGCAAAAGACGGCCAUAGAACUCGGGAUGACCUUGACCCAAGUCGAGAGAAUCUCGGAGGAGGCCAGUGGACGUCACAUCAGCCCUGCCUUCAGAAUGUUACACAGGUGGAUCGCUACAAACAGUGGUAAAUCAGACAGUGACCUUAUCAAUGACCUCGCUUGUGCCUUUCGUGAGUUCUCCCGGAACGAUCUAGCGGAUGUUUUGAUGGUGGCUGAAAAAGAUCGACUACCCCUUAGGAGAAGAGAUUUCUUGAACUGAGACCAUCUCACAAGCCAUAAGAUGAUUAAACAUGACGCCUCAAUCACCGUACUCACCCUUGAAGGGUGGGGCAAUAGUCUCUCGUCUUGACUUGCUUCUCUCAGUCGAGCAGGUCGAGCAGGUUGUCGCCGAGACACUUUCAGACCUGGUUUCAGACAGCAGUUUUGAGCGUUGAAGCUUUCUUGUCCUGCGAGAUCCGGAAAGAAUUGGUUUUGACCAUUCUCGAGUUGGACUUUCACCCCAUGUUUAAAACGCCCUUAGUAUAUGCGACAUACUGUUAAUUUCACAAAUGACUGUUUAUGUAAAGACAGCCGUAACGCAUAAAUCAUGUUCAACUUGACCCAAAAUAAACCGAUUGAAAUCU